UGUGUGUGUGUGUGUGUGUGUGUGUUUGUGCAUGCAUGUGUGUUACAGUGCAUGCGCAUAUGGAGCAGUGGAUGAACAGAUUUCAAACUGUGGGACGAAGGAACCAGAUGAAGGAAAGACUGAAACAGAAGAAAAAGGAGAUGUGGUGAACACUGGGCAGAAAGAAGAAGUUGAAGAAAACCUUUUGAUGAUGAGCCAUUCCCACUGAUGAGAACAAGGAUCAUAUCCCCGCCAACACUUCCACAGCUCCAUCAUGGCUGACAAAAAACUCUCAGGUGUGCCCUCCCUGUCUUCACCUUCUCAUCAGAAUGGGAGUAUCAGGGGGACAGGAUCCAAAAGCUCUCCACGGCCCCACCAUAAUGGCAGCCUGGAGGCUAAACCAGGAUAUCACAGUCCCAGCAACACCAGGGCUGAGCCCCACCCUCAGUCUCCACUUAGCAGCAGAACCUCAGCCUCAACCUCACCCCUUAGGUCCCUCGUAAGUCUUAUGACGUCUGUGCCCAGUCCUCGUCCUGAAGGCAGCUCAACCAGACCCCGGGGUCAGAGCCUUAGCUCUGCUCUGAGCUCAAAGACAAGAACCACAAAUUCCAGGAGCAAGCGUAGGAGUAGCCAACAGGAGGAGCCUGAGGCCUUGUUGGACCUGAUCCUAGAGUGCCAGGGUCAGAGACUAGAUGACCAGAGAGCUAGCCUUAGCUUACUUCCUGAUCAAGGAGCAGCUGGUCUAUGUGGAGCCUGCAGCCCUGACCAGCCUACCCUCCCCAGUCUGGACUUCUACUACAUGCUCAUACAUUACCAGUCUGACAGGAUGGAAGACCAGAGGUGCUCCCUUCCUGAUCUGGAUGAUGUGGUUGGUACACUUCCUGAAGGUCAGGAUGAUUUCUUCAGUUUAAUACAGAGAGUUCAGUCCAGGAGAAUGGACGAGCAAAGGGCCUCACUGCUGGUGACACACACGGAGGACGACACACACGUCAACCCCACUGGAUCCUCUCCCCAUAAUCAUUUUAACCAUCGUCCUCAGUGAUGAAGAACAGUCUGAAAGUGUUUUUUUUUUUACAAUGUUUGACUGAAUACCAGGUCCUGCGUCAUUGCCAAGUUUCAGACAUUGGAAAAAUGUUUGGCUCUUGUUUUUGGAUGGACAUUUUGAAUGUUUUAAGCUGUUAUUGUGUUCCCAUCCACCCGAGACCAGCCACUGUCGAUGUGGAAACCUUGAUCACACUUCUGACAACAAACAGCAAAAUGAAUGCUAACCCACCCUGAAGACAUGAUUAAGGCUGACUGAAUGGAUUCCCAUUUUACAAGUGUAUGAUUUGUUGCUUGGUUUUUUUCCUGGCCUCUAGUAGUUAAAGUUUGCCCCUAGCCCCUAGUUUGUAGUUCUGUGGACUGGUAGUUGUCUAUUAUGGAUGUGUCCAAUGGAUUUAGAGUAUUUUAAAUAUCAUCCUUAUGUUUUAAUGAAUCAGAAAAGAUAAUUCAUCUUGUUUGUCUCAUCCUAAAGACUCACACAGUGUGAAAGAACCACUUUGGUCAUAGAGUGAACAUAAUUCAUGACUCCAGACAGAGUAAUGGCAGCCCACAGAAACUGUUGACAUAAAGACUUUAUCUGAAAGACUUGUCAAAUUUGAAUAACUUUUGUUACGAACAUUUACUGAUAUAGACUUUAUGGAAAACUAAAACUGUUCAUUAUAAAAUGGUUGCCAAUCUUGUAAAAUUGAACAUUGUUUAAUUAGAAAGAUUUUCUGAGUUAUCUCCCCAUAAAACAAGACAUCAGGACAGUGUGUCUAUGAUUCAUCUCUGUUAUAGCAAAUUGCACUGUAUUACUAUACAGACUAUAAAAAAAAAAAAUCAUUCUAUCUAACAUGACGCUAGUUUCCUAAUAUAUAUGAAGCCGUCUAACUUAAGGUAAAUUCAUAACCUCUCUUUAUUUUGAAAACACCCAUAUUACUUGUAUUUUACCACUUGAUUUCAUCUGUUUAGCUUUACUCUGCUGGUUACUCAAUUGAAGGGGUGAAUUAUUAUCCUGACUGUUUUUUAACUUCUUAUUGAAUUAACCAGGUAAAGAUUGGUCUAGAACCUGUGGUGUUUAUGAAUCAGACUUUGUGUUUUUAACAUCAUUAGAUAUCUUUACAUGUGAUAAAGUUACAUCCUUGAAUACCUUA